AUGGCUGAAUCAAACGAGCCCUACGUGGUGGUGGGAAGCCAGUACUGCGUGCCGGAAGAGUCGGUGCUUAUACUGAAGGAGAAGAUGUGGUCGCUGCGGGAGAAGGCCGAGAUCCGCGACGGCCAGGAUCAGCUAGUCUUCAGGACCGAGGAUAAGGCAUGGGACAUCAAGGAUCGCAAGACCAUUUUCAACGCGCAGGACGAGCCGGUUUGCUCGCUGACAAGCAAGGUGCUCUCUAUCAGCGACACCACGUACCUCUGCGCUGGCGCCAACCCGGAUCCCGCCAACGCGCUACUCACCGCCAAGAAAGUCAUCCUCACCUGGUCACCCAUUCUCAAUGUUUUCCUGAAAGGGAACACGUCAACUGAUAAUCCCGACAUCAUUCUCAAGGGCAAUUUCGUUCAGUACGAUUUCAACAUUGCCACCUCCAGUGGCCGUAUUUUGGCAAAGGUGGACCGGCUUCCCAAUUUUAGAGGGGAUUUGGCUGUCACAGGGGUAUCUGCUGCUCCUAUGUCCCGGGCUUCUGGUGGAGAUGGGGCAGGAGAGGGAGCUGUAGGAGGAGUGCUUUUAUCGGGUAAAGAAGGAGGAGGAGUGAGAAGGGAGGUGCUUCUGCCUAACCCCCCUGGGGGGAUGAUGCUUCUCAGUGACUUGUUGCCUGCUAGCAGUGCCACGUCCCAUGGCAACUCGCUCGAUUCACGAGGCACUGCCGCUGGUGAAGGUGCGAAUUCGGGAGUGGAAGAGGCGAGAGAAUCUGGGGCGUUUGGCACGCGUGCUGCCACUACCACUGCAGAGCGGUGCCUUGAGCUGCUGCAGCAGCCACUCACUCCCUUGGCAAUGUCGGAGUUCCAGUUUCAACCUCAGCUCUCAAAGGCACUCGACUUUGCACUUCCGGAUUCCUUGCCACUCCCUUUCGGGGCAUCUCCUGGUGAUUCUCCUAGUUUUCUUGGCGGAUCUGAUGAGUCAUAG